AUGGAGGAUGGAGCGUUAGCAAUAGGCAUGGCUUUCCCCAAACAUGCCAAUAUUAGCACUGAUGCGGGCGUGGUUAUGGGAAAAAGAAUUAGAGAGUUAAGCAGGUCUUUUGGGGAUAGAGGGACUUCCAUUCCAUCAUUCCUUAAGUCCCACAGCAACUCUAGCCGCACAUGCUUCCCUGAAUUCCUGCUUCAGAGACAGAGUGAGAGGCUCGUGAUCUCGUCUCCUCUCCUUUCCUCUCCACUCCUUCUCAAAGUUCAAACCAUUAGUCCCUCUCCUUCUCAAACACCGCUGACCGCCGACUGCCGACCACCAACCGCCUCCCACCGCCUCCCACCUUCUGGGUCCCUCAGCGUUGGAGUUUCGUCUCGUCUCCUCUCCACUUCUCCUCAAAGUUCAAACCCUCAGCCCCUUAUGUCUCCUUCCCAAACACCGCCGACCGCCGACCGCCGCCUCCCACGACCCAGCGCCGCCUCCCACCUCCUGAGUGGCUCGGUCUCUCACUGGUGGUCCCGAGCUCACCGUCGUCGGUCGUCGUCUUCUCCUCUUCACCGUUCGUCCGCCAAAUCGCCGGUCUUCGCUGUGGUUUCUGCGUCGGGGGAUCCAAGGACUGAGGAGGAACAGAAUAUUUUUACUUGGAUUACAAAAGUUGGGCAAAGGUGAUUGGCGUGGAAUUGCAAGGAACUAUGUUAUAUCAAGGGCCCCUACUCAAGUGGCCAGUCACGCUCAAAAGUAUUUCAUCAGGCAAAACAAUGUGUCUAAACGAAAAAGAUGCUCCAGCUUGUUUGACAUUGUUGCAGAUGAAGUUUUUACUCUUGUCUGCAAUUACUAUCCAUGAAAUAAUUGUUUUUUUUAUUUUAUUUUGCAUCAAAUGAACAUUUCUGCCACAUAAUCUACUCAUGUUCAUUGAUAAAA